CAUUGGUCCCGAGUGCGCCCGCAUUCGAUUGCAAUAAAGCCGGAACUGGCUCGCUCCACUAGUGCACUCUUCUGGACAGUCUGUGCAAGAAUGCAACGCUAGAAGGAUACAAUUUCGGCCCAGGCUAGAAUAGGUCACGCAGGGCAGCGUUGUCGGGGCCCGGGUUUGGCGGGAAUCCUUGAGCUGCUCUGACGACAGCGACAAGGGUUGGUCGGAGCCCGGCGGCAAUAUCCUUCUACUUUUCCUGCAUCUGUCGGCAUCAUUAGUCCAGCAAGCAAGCAAGCAAGGAAGCAAGCCUAGCCACAUAGCUAGCUAGGCAGCCAGCUGCGGGAUGGAGGAGGCGGAUGAGGCCGCCAUUCAGGCGGCGCUGGCGGAGGACGCAGCGGCGGCGGCAGGCGGCGGCGGCCGCCCCACACGCCGCGUCACUCGCAGCUCCACCGGCCACGCCAAACCGGCGCAGCCGCCGCCCCGCGCUACGGGAGCGGCCGCAGCCGCAAGCGGCGCCGCAGGCGCAGCCGGCGCAGCCGGCGCAGCCGGCGGCGGCAGUAUGUUUGGCUCUGAGGGCAGCGAGGGCUCGGAGCUGGAGUCCAGUAGCGAGGGGGAGUCGGCCACGGACGGCGACAGUGCGGACAGCGCUGAGGACGCCGAGUUCACACAGGCGGGGUCGGACGAUGACGACUCGGGCGAUGGAGACGGCCGCAGGCGACCCGUGGUGGCGGGCGGCCGCGGCAGGGGGCGGCCGCGAGCCGACGGCACAGGCGGCGGCGGCCGGGGCCGCAAGGCGGGAGCGGCGGGGUCUGCGGGGCCGGGGCGGCGGGGGCGGCCGCCACUGGGCCGCAGCUCGGCGGUCAGUGACGGCGGCAGCCCCAGUGCCACCAGCGACGGCGGCUACACGUCGGGGUUCACGACGGGCGACGAUAGCGAUGAUGCCGUGGACCUAUUCGGAGACGACCUCGACCCCCUCACUCUUCUAGAAGAGCUGGAGGGAGGCGGCGCCGCCGCCGGCCUGGGGCUGGGCCGCGGCGCCGCCGCCGCCGUGGGCGGCGGCGCCGGCGGCGGCGGCGCCUUGCAACCCUUCGAGCUGCUUCGGGAGCGGCGGCGGCGGGCGCUACAGCGCGAGGCGGAGGAGGCGGGCGGCGGCAGUAGCUACUACACGGAGGGCUCGGACGCGGGGGAGGACGAAGACGACGAUGACGGCGCCGCCGCCGCCGCCGCCGGGCCUUCCACCAGCGCCGCCUCCGCCGAUGCGGCCGCUGGCGGCGGCGGCACGGGCCGCGGCCGCGGCCGCGGCCGGCGCGGGCGGCCGCCGGGCUCGGGUCGCGGCUCCACGGGUCGGGGGCCGGGGCGGCCGCGUGGCCGUGGCCGUGGCCGCCCGCGUGGCGGCGGCGGCGGCGGCGGCGGCGGCGGCGGCGGCGGCGGCGGCGGCGGGGCUCACCCCUUGGGCCAGCUGACGGCAUCGCACCCUGACGCCGCCAUCUUCGGGGCUGAUGCGGACGACAUUCUGAAUGACCCACUGGCGGAGCGCAUUGGGCUGGUGGAGGCGGGCCGGGGCCGCGCCAGCCGCAGCCGGCGGCGGGGGCGGCGGGGGCGCAAGGCGGGCCGGCCCAAGCGCGGCAUUCCCGAGGAGGUGACGGCCAAGCUGGGUGAGGCCAAUGUGAUGUACGCCCUACGCGAGUACCAGCCCGCCAUAGAGCUGCUGACACAGGUGAUCAAGGAUUACCCGAACAUCUCCGACCCCUACCACACCCUGGGGCUACUGUACGACGCCAACGGCAACCCGCGCAAGGCCCUGGACUUCUUCAUGAUCGCCGCCCACCUCAGCCCAAAGGACGUGGGCCUGUGGAAGCGCCUGGCCGCCGCCUCCACCGCGCAGGGCUUCUACCGCCAGGCCGUCUACUGCCUCAGCAAGGCGGUGGCGCGCAACCGCGGCGACCUGGACGCACUGUGGGACCGGGCGGUGCUGUUCGCGCAGGUCGGCGACACGGACCGGGCCCUGGCGCAAUUCAGCCUGGUUGGCAAGCUGCGCCCCGGGGACCCCGAGGUGCCCGUCAUGUUGGCACGCCUGCAUCACCAGGCGGGGGCGCCGCUCAAGGCCAUUUCUGUCCUGGAGUCCCACCUGCGAGACCACCCGGACUCCACCGACCUCACCCACAUCAAUAUACUGGCGGAGCUCUACAUGGAGAGGGGCGGCUACAACGAGGCCCGCGCGCUGAUCGAGCGGGCGGCGCCGCUGCUGUGCCCGGCCGACCAGCCGCUGCCGCUGGACCUCAGCGUCAAGGCCGGCCUGUGCCUGGCUCACACGGGGCGGUGGGAGGAGGCGGACGAGGUGUUGUCGGAGCUGCUGCGCGAGCCCGUGGAGGCCUUUGGAGACCUGUACUCGGCGGUGGGCGGCGCGCUGGCGGCGCUGGGGCAGCACGACAAGGCGCUGCAGUACCUUACGCCGCUGCUGGAGCACCCCGACCUCAACGAGCCCGGCCUGUGGGCGCAGCUGCUGCGCUGCCACAGGGCGCUGGGGGAGCAGGCGGCGGCGGCGGCAGGAGGCAGCGGAGGAGCAGGAGGAGCAGGAGGGGGAGGGGGAGGAGGUGUGGAGGAGGGGUUGGCGCUGUACCGGGCACAACUGGAUGGAAUGGACCCCGAGGAUUCCAGGUACCCCGCCGCGGUGGUGGCGCUGGCGGAGCAGGCCGCCGCCGCCGCCGCCGACCCCGCCGCCGCCGCCGGCUGGCCCAGCGCCCGAGCUACAGCCCUGGACAUGGUCGGCCUCAUGGACGCAUACCUGGCGGCCAAGGCGGCGGCGGCGGCUGCUACUGCCGCUGCUGAUGCUGCUGAUGCUGCUGCUGGUGGUGCUACAGCCGCUGCGGAAGGCGGCGAGGGCGCGGCCGCUGCAGCCGACGGCGAGGGGGAGGCUGCUGCUGCUGCUGCUGCUACAGCUGCUACAGCCGCUGCAGCCGAUGCCGCUGCUGCCACAGCCGCUGCUGCUACAGCCUCUCCUCUGGGCUCUGCUGCUGCGCUGCUGGGGGAGGAGCUGACCAUGCGGCUGAGUCAGCUGUACGCGGCACUGGACCUCAACGACAAGUACAUUGAGAUCCUGCGCCCCGCUGUGGAGGCCUCGCUGGCGGCCCUUGACGCCGACCUGGCGCGUGUGAACGACCCCUCGUUGCCGGUGGGGCUGCGGCGCGCCAUCAAGCGGCGGCGCAUGUUCAUGCGGCGCGGCGGGCGCAAGGGCGAGGGCGCAGCGGAGGUGGGCACCAUCUUCAAGGGCACCACGCGAAGGGACCGGCGCUCCGCCAAGACUCGCGAAAUGGACCGGCAGGCGGCGGCGGUGCUGGGCCUGCCACCCGACAGCGGCUACGUCAGCGGGCCGGAGGGGCCGGGCGGCGGCGGCGGCGGCGGCAGCGGCACGGAGGGCGGCGGCGCCACCAGCGGCGAGGGCAGCGGCAGCGAGAUGAGCGGCGGCGAGGGCGGCGGCGGCGGCGGCGGGCGGCGGCGGCGCGGCGGUGUGCCCAAGCUGCCGCGCGGCGGCCUCAUCGGGACCAGCGUGCUCAGUGACCCGGGGCAGGCCGCGGUGCUGCUGCAGCUGACACGGGCACUGGCGGCCACAGGGCGCAUGGAGGAGGCCAAUGCGCUCAUGACCAAGGCUCUGGCCCUCGCCACGGGCUCGGGAGCCGACGGCGCGCCCGACGCCCCGCGCAAGCCCGGCCGCCCCGCCGCCGACGGCCCCACUGGCUGGUUCGACCGGGCCGUUGUGGAUCGGCUGAGGGUGGGGCAGCUGGAGCUCGCCAGCAUCGCAAUGGCAGGCGGCGGCGGCGGCGGCGGCGGCGGCGUGGCGGCUGGCGCCGCCGCUGACGGCGCCGCCGCCGUGCGCCGCCGCGGCGGCGGCGGCGGCAUUAGGGCGCUGGGCCUGGGGACAGGCGGGGGGCUGGGCGCGGGUGGGGAGGAGGAGGACGCGGUUGGGAGGAGGCGGCAGCGCGGGCGGGUGGCGAAGGCGGCGGCGGCGGUGGCGGCGGCUGGUGAGGGCGCGCUGAGCCCGGGGCAGUUGUACAGCCUGAAGAUGAUGACUCAGCGCUGGCCGCACAGCCUGGGGCUGUGGAACCUGUACUGCUCCGCACACGCGCAGGGCACGGACCUGCGCGCCUGGGGCGGCCACAUCACGUCCAUGCGCCGCCGCCACCCGCACAGCGUGCCGCUCAUGGUGCUGCAGGGCCACGUGUCCCUCCUGGGUCGCUGCUUCCGCGAGGCCGUGUCCGAGCUCUUCCACGCCUACCGCUACCUGCCCGGCGAGCCGCUGCUGCUGCUCAGCCUGGGCGUGGCUCUCAUCAGCGAGGCCAUGGCCAGCUCGGGCGGGGCAGGAGGCACAGGGGCAGGAGGGGGAGCCCUGGGGCCCCUGCCGGGGGCGGGCGCAGGCAGGGGCCGGGGCAGGGGGCGGGGGAGGGGCGGGAGGGGCGGCGUGGGUCCGGGGCCGGGGCGCGGCAAGAAGAGGACGGCGGUGCGCGACCGCAACCGGGGCGUGCUCACCGGCUUCGCGUUCCUGCAGGCCUACCAGCGCGCCCGUGGCAGUAGCCUGGGCCAGGAGGUGUGCUACAACCUGGGCCGGGCCGCCCACCAGCUGGGGCUGCUGCACCUGGCGCACCACUACUACGAGGCAGCCCUGGCCGCCACCCCCGCGGCGCCGCCACCGCCGCCACACACCGGCGGGCAGGGGCAGCAGGGACAGCAGGGGCAGCAGGGGCAGGGGCAGGGUGCGCCUGGCAGCGUGGCGGCUGGCGCCGGGGGCGCUGCCGAUGGCGGCGGUGGGGGAGGCGGUAGUGCGGGCGGGGCGGGCGGUGUGGGCGGGUCGUGGGACCUGCGGCGCGAGGCGGCUCACAACCUAGUGCAGCUGUACAGGAGCAGUGGGGCGCACGGGCUGGCGAGGGAGGUGAUGGCCCGGUACCUGGUGGUGUGAGGAGCAGCAGCAGCAGGAGGAGGUGGUGUCGGGAGGUGGUGUCGGGAGAAGGAUGAAGGAUAGUGGGAUGGGGGAUUAGGGGAGGUGGCGUAGGCGGAGGGUGUAAGGUUGGGGCGUGUGGGGAGGGGCGUCGGGCCAGAGUUUGCAGCAGGCUUCAUAGAGGAGUCCUUCACACAUUUACAGAGCAGUUAUCAACGAUGCCUUAAGGAGAACACAUUCGCACGGACAGAGCAAUGGGUUGUUGGGUGGCGAAGAAGCCUUGGGUUCGUUGGAGGGGCGCGGGGCAGUUAUGUAUGUUGUCUGGCUGCCAGUAGGAGGAGCAAAGGCCGGCGUGCAAUCGUGUCGAGCAGGUCUGUACGCAGCGACAUUCGAAUAGUGCACUGGUAAAUGAAGCUUGAAGACAUUCAUGUGCACACCCGCGCCGCGGGAAGAUACAUUGCACUGGUUACAGGAGGGACCUGCUGACGCAGUUCACGAGUGACGUGGAACCUGACAGUUCAACCCGCUGUGUGAC